AUGAAUUCUAUUACUGAAGCAAGCUGCACAAUCCAACAAAACGCGCGUCCACCAGUUGAUCAAACAAGCCUCCAACAUGCUGUAAAGGUGCUGGAGUCCUUGCCUGGUGUUCCUGUGGCGGUUCGAAAGGUUGCUUGGAGGAAGUUUCGUGACCCGUGUAGCCUAUACACAUUUCUUGGAAUGAUGUCGCACAUUGAUGAAGAUGAGGAUUACGAUGAUGUUGAAAAUGAUGCCGGUGGACAAUUAAACGACAACAUGGAUGAAGAUGUCAACGUUGUUGUUCAGCCGUCUCAUUUAUCUCAUUUGCAACAAUAUGCUAAUAUGCUGGAGUUUCAACGCCAACAACUUAUGCAUGUUCAUGAAGCGUUUCAGUUUAAUCUGCCUAUGACACGAAUCCCGGAUUGCAUCGGUGCCAUCGACGGAACCAUCAUACCGGCUUGGAUUCCUGAAGAAGAUCAUGGGAAAUACAUAUGUCGAAAAGGUCACUUGUCCCAAAACGUUAUGGUCGCGUGCGACUUUGAUUGCAAGUUCACUUACGUUUUAGCGGGAUGGGAAGGCAGUACAAAUGAUUCUCGUAUUUUUGGUGAAACAUUGACAGACCCCACAAAUACUUUCCUGUGGCCACCAGAGUCCUAUGCCAAUGUCCCGGGAUUCCUGUCACCUUACCGUGGUGAUAGGUACCAUCUCCCGGAGUUGAUUCGCUCUAAUCAAACACCUAAAAAUUCGAGAGAGCUCUUAAACAAACGUCAUGCCACUGUCCGUAAUGUGGUCGAACGUAGCUUUGGUAUAUUGAAAGGUAAGUUCCCCAUUAUAAAAGGCCUAAUGCCAAACUACACGACUGAGUUCCACACAAACAUAGUCAUCGCAUGUUGUGUUGUACAAAAUUUCAUCCUUGAGCACCAAAAGUUCGAGAACGUACUGCUGGCCAUUUUAAACCCGGAUUACAUACCAGAACCAGAUGAAGAUGAACAUACAAUGCCUUUGAUGACAACUUUAGAUACAUCUAAUGUUGGUGUGCGUGAACAGUCUGGUUUGUGCGAUUCGAUUGCUUCCGCCUUAUGGGCCGAUCAAGGGGGCAAACGUUGGUAG